GGUAUACACUCCUGUACAUACACAGGUGUAUUGUACCCUGUCCAUCUGAUCACAUGUACCAUAUUGUAUCAGCCAUAUUCCUACUCAGUGUAUAGACAGUUGUGCUUGCUGUAAUUUAUGAUUCCGACCUGGAAUGUUUAUUCAUUUUGAUCCAUAUUUAAGAGGGAAAACACGACGUAAGCUGGAAUGCAGUUUAGAUUAGAUAUCACAAAUGUAGUGGUGACGGUUCUGAUAUCAUUUACCCUGAUUGGAUGUCAAGCCAAACCGUUCAAACAAAAUAAAGUAUAUUGUGAUCCAGUGGAUCACAAAUAUUAUAACCACCAGGUCGAUGGAUGUAAGAAGUGUGACCGAUGUUGGCCGGGAGAAGAACCAGAUUUAAAGGGAGUAGAUGUAGGUAUGGGUCUCCACGGUGCAACUAAAUGUCCCAGAUGUCGAGAAUGUCGUGACGGAACCUUCAAUCCUGACGGAGAUAAAUACUGGAACUGUCUACCCUGUACCGUGUGUGCUGACCUUGGUAUGCAUGAAGUACAGCCUUGCUCAUCAACACAAAACACUAAAUGUAACAAAACUGCUCUCACGGUCAACGAAAGAUUAGGACCCAGGGUGAGUGAUAUCCAUGAAAACGUGCAAGAAAGACGACCGAAACUCGAAGCCGAGGAAUCACACACCACGGAGAAAAUGACCGAUAUAUUGAUGGGAGUCGUCGUAACAGUGGUGGUGGCAUUAGUUAUGUGUUUCACAUGUAGCCAGAGAAAAAGAAUAUGUCAGAAAUUAAGAGGACAUGAAUCAACUCUCGAUACCGACGAAAUGACUCCGUUACAUACCACCAGAACUGAACCAGAUUGCUCUGAGAAGGAACAGUCUGACAGUUCUGACCUGGAUCAGGAGGGGGAGACUGACAACGCUGACGAUCGCCUUAGUAGCUUAAGAGAUAUACGUAAGAAGGAGAUGUUACCACUGGUCCCAAGGCGACAGCGAUACCAUUCUUGCGGGGAUUAUGAAAGCACCCGCGAUGGAUGUGAUAAAUACGUUGGAAAGAAUAAAAAGGAAAUAGCCGGGCGAACGAAUCCUACAUUUCAACGACAACUAUCUUAUCCAGUAACGAACGCAGAGGUCGGAACCACAGAACUACAAUUUGGCAAUAAACGUCCAAGCCAAAGAUGCACACACGUCUUAUCGAAGCUUCUCGCCCCAAACAAAAAGUACAUCGAAUUUGCAAAUCAUAUGGGAAUCGAAAAACAUCAAAUAGAACUAAUUGAAGAAUAUCACAAGCAACGCAACUUCAGUGCUGAAGAUUUGUCGUAUGAAUAUAUAUCUAAAGUACUACAGUGUAAGGCUAAACUCAGUUACCACGACAUAUAUAAAGCUCUUGCUUAUCUAGGACUACACGAAGAGCUUGCCUCCCUACAGGAGAAACGACGAAGAACAUACAUGUAGAUAUGGUUGGUUCUGGUUCGUCGGUACACAAUUUAUUGACCUCAAAAUUUGGUUUUAUUACCCGGGAAUUACAAAUUCCUCAAAGUUUCAUGAUCAGAAUAGGUAACUACCGAGAGGUUAAUGUAUAAUAACGCAGUAUACAUUUAUAUAGAAUACAGCUGUGCAUGAUAUUGCAAUGGUAAGUAAAAGUAACUUGCAACGGAAAGAUAUAUGUAUGCUAUUACAUGUAUUACAAAAUGUUAUUUUUCAUGUCUGAUUUCCUAAAGAUAGUAUCACAUGAUCACAUGUUUCCCAGUAAGAAAAACGAACCUGUUGGUUAUCAACUAAGAUGUUUCAAGGAAAUGAAUCAAAUAUGCAUUACUUUCCUUGGUAUUGUCCAACAGGGUCAAAUAUCUUGAAAGCUUACGAAACAUGACAAGCAAUAACUCUUAAGGUUUAAAGUUAUUGAAUCGAUAUAUAUAUAUAUGCUGAAUUUAUUUUUCCACAAAGCAGUUAUUCAUAACAUAUACAAGUAGUGGUUCUAUCUGUUUAUUUUGAAUGUGUGGUGGUUAAAAGACAUGGUUUAAUAUUUACAAAUGCUUCACAAAGCAUUUGAUCAUAAUAUAUACAAGUAGUGCUUGUAUCUGUUGAUUGUUUUGAAACCCAAGACAUCGUUUUAUAAGAAAACCUUGAUCGCCUUUUGAUUUCGACCAAUACAUUUUUUUAAUUGACAUAAAAUAUCCAUUCCAGACUUUCUUUCUCGGGAUGACAAAAUUAUGUAUCGACCUUAUCAAAAUGAUAGUAUUGUAUAUUUGAUAACUUCUGUUAAGUUGUAUAUUUUAUUACUUCCGUUAAAUUGUAACCUUCUUGUGUGGAUGUGUGUUGUAUUGGGUGAAGAUGAGGGGAAAGAUGUUGUGGAUGUGGGUAUUAUGCUGUAACUUAAGGAUAGAAUAUAAAGAGUGAUAUUGAGUCCAAGAAUUGGUGUGUGUAUCGUCAAAAUCUUGGUAUGUCCGUUUAAGUUGUUAUCUCCCUAGAUAUUUCAUCUCCAUUGACUUAAUUUAUAUACAUAUUUCUUAUACUUCUUCACUUUCAAUUGUUUUAGUUUAAUUCUACUAUUGUUCUGUCUGUAUUGGGGAAGACUUAUAUAGGCCAAGCCUGCUGUCUAACCCAUUUGUAUAGAUGUUAUACAAUAAAAUAUGUUGAAAUGAAAUGAAGUUGUUGCGCAAACGGCGCAAUAAAGGACGUUGAGAUUCGAUGUAGCCAUGAUGUUGAGUACUGUCGACUUUAUAAUAAUAUCCGUUUAGGAUGCGGAAAUACAGAAGAAAAAUCGACUUGGCUUUUUUUGUCGAGUGCUCUCCAAUGUAUUAAUAUGUCCGUUUAGGGCGAGGAAGCACAGUCGACAAAGUAAUUGAACUGCUAUGACGGAUGCUUUUCAAUUAAAGAAUAUGUCCGUUUAGUGCAAGGAAGUGCAACAGAAAAAUCAAUGAAGCUUUUGUGUCGAAUGCUGUCCUAGUUAUUAAUAUACGCUCGUUUAGGGCGAGGAAGCACAUUCGAAAAAUUGAUAAAGCUUUUAUGUCGAGUACUGGCCAAAUCUUCAAAGUCAUGUCCGUUACAGUUGUAAUGCAAGCAACAUAAUUUAGGACAUCGAGAAGUACGGUCAAGAAAUCGAUUUAACUUUUAUGUCGAAUACUUUCCAAUUGAUGAAUAUGCCCGUUAAGGAAGCGGAAGUGCCAUCAAUGAAACGAUAAUCUUCGUAUGUCGAGCAAUGUUCAAAUUGUAAAUAUGUCCUAUGGAACCGUUGUGUAAGCGGUACAAUUCAGGAUGUGAAGUACCGUCGAACAAUCGAUGCGGCUUUUUGUCGAGUACUGUCCAAUAUAGUUAUGUCCGUUUAGGACUUUGAAGUACAUCGAUUAUGUUCUUAUUUUGAGUUAUUUCCAAAACAUCAAUAUGUCUAAGCUUUUAUGUCUAGUAUUGCCUGAAAAAGUGCCACUUUGGACUAAAGAGGUUAUUUAGGACGUUGAAAUACGCUCUGGAAGCUGAUGUUGCUCAAAAUGAGUUCUGUCGAACAUAAAAUGCUCGGUUAUACAUACGCGGUAUGCGUACAUGUACGUUAGGACGUGGGAAUACGUUCGGAUAACUAAUGUAGCUCAUAUUGAGUACUAUUUAGCAUACAGUUAUGCAAUUUGAUGUACGAUAAAUGCAAUAGGUACAUGUAGGUAGCAAGCUGGUAUUGCUGAUGUCAACCGUACUACAUUAAAACAAUAUUUGAAUAGAAACAGUAUGCCUUAUAUAGAAAAAUAAUCUUCUUUGCAACCUUUUAUGACGUCACAGCUAUGACAUAUAUACUAACUUAACGGAUAGCACUUAGUCUUGUCAAUUUUGUACUAACAUAUUAUGUCGAGCGAGAAACAUAUCGCAAUUAUUAAAGCGACUAUAUAUGUAGAUUUCAUACUCAUGAAACCUCGAUUUCUUCUCAUGUUGGUAUAGAUUGCUACACAAACAAAGUCGAAUGAAGUCACGUGGUUGCGAGUGACUUGUCCGUGCACAGCGUUCUGCUUACGAAAGAUAACAUUCCUGUAGGGCCUACCUAUUUGUGAUAUUACUAAACUCGGUUGCGGACACGUUUGUUUAUAUGAUUGUUUUUCAGAACAGUGAUGUUUACAGUCAUUGUCGCUUUAAUAUAUAUGCAUGGGACUUGAACAAGUUAAUGUGUUUGUACAUAGUUCGUACAUUUGUUGUAACGAUCAAAUACAUGUAUCAAACAAUAUUUUGCUCUUGAUUAUUUUAAAAUCACUGACCCUACAUGCAACCUAUUUGUUUAUUAUGAGCAUGUGGAUAUGUAUGAUGCGUUAUCAUUGUAUGCUAAAUUGUUCAUAUGUUGACAUUGAUUUGUACGUCCUUGGAACAAAACACAUGUAUGAUGUUCAGUGACGUAGUUACUAACUAAUACUAAUACCGCCAUGUACUCAUUUAUUCAAAUGUUAAUAAAAAUAUAAGAAUGUCA